AUGGUGUCGCAGCCGGACCAUCAAUCGCUGGCAGUCCGGGGCCCGUCGUCCGUGGUUGGGGUCGAGGGUUAUAGAGGCGACCGACACGAAUACUAUAACCACCGAGACAGAGACAGACAUGACAGACACGGCGGGGGUGGGGGCUCUAGCUCCCGCUCUUCAAUGUCACGCUCGCGCCGAUACAACAGAUCCCACGCCGGUGGCGUCUCGACCGUGCCACUAAACGAGUUUCCUAUAUUCAGCCACUCGGGCGACGUCGAAAUAAUCGUCGCGGUUGAGUCCGGCCACGAGAACCGCUACUUGCUGCAUCGCCAUACCUUGACCCGCUGUUCUGGCUUCUUUGAGGCUUCCACCAGCAGCGAAUGGUCUCGCGCCCAGAACGUACCGGCCUUGUCGCCUUUGCCGACUUCUCCCGAGGGGGGUGCUCCUCUACUCGCACAAGGGACAGAGGUAGCAAGAGUAGAGCGUGAGGGCAGGAUCGGCGGGGGGUCUUCCUCAAGUUCGAGCGAGCAACAUGGGGCUGCUGCAGGACAGGAGCAGCAAGGGUCAGCAACCAGAAAAAGAUGGCGCUAUGAACUGGAUCUCGGCGCAGGCCCCAACGACAUACCCAUGUUGGUGCAAAAGGAGGAAAGCAAAACACCCGUCACGGAGCGCUUGCCGCCCACCAACUCCCUGUUUGGUGGUGGCACUGGAUCCUCCAGUACAUCAUCACGCAAGCAUGCCUCGGCAGCACCACCAACAUCAAACCACAGCUUCUUCCGCUCAGUCGCCAAUCUGAGCUUGACUCACCACCGACCACAAUGCUCAUCUUCCACCAUCCCUGCAGCUCCCAAUCUGCCGCCGCCGUCACAAACCGAGCAGGACAUACUGCGCGACUAUGACAACCUGUUUCGCAUAAUGUAUAACUACCCACCACUUCUUGAUGGCAUCAACAUUGCCGAUGCCUACGUUCAAUGUAAAUCCCUACUUGCACUUGCAGACCAGUACGACGCUUUACCGGUGGUGGGCCCACGGGUCGACCACCAUCUACUACAGUUCCAGUCCAGGCUUUGGAGGCAGAUCGCAAAAUACCCCAUCAGCUAUCUGCGCCUGGGUUACCUUGCUCGCUCUCGCAUCAUAUUCCAAGAGGCAUUGAUCCACGUUGUUGGACAGUGGCCUGCAGGGGAGCGCAGCUUGCGCGCUGCUCUGCCGCCUGUCGUCAUUGACCUCAUCGAGGAUAAGGCCGACGAGCUCGAGGAGACGGUCUCACGUAUCGAGUCGAGACUGUUUCGCCUGGGCCUCACUACUCGUGCCGGCGAGCGCGUCAGCCCGUCGACGGCAUAUCUAGACUGGUUGGCCGUGAGUUUGUUUCGGCAAUGGCUGGCAGACAACAUGUCGCCGCCACCGCAGCCUCCCCCACCUGACCGGCGUGCCGGAGGGUCUUCGUCAUCAUCCUCACGAGAUGGACAUUUGACUUCUCGGAGUCGACCGUCUCGGGACGGGGGAGCCCACCGCGGCUACGACGACAGUAACCACGUAACUACCGUAAUGCUGCCCCCGGCGGCGCCGCCACCCCUCGCCACCCUGGGGCGUACGUACCGCACCCUGGGGUCCACGACCAGCGUCGCUUUCCUGGGCCAUGACGAAUGCAAGCGUUUCCUCAAGUUGAGCGGAGAGCUGUACAGCCGUGAGAACCUGCGGCGGUUCGAGAGGCGCGUCGAUGAGCUCAAGGCCAUGGCGAGGGAGGUAGUACGUCCCUUGAUGGGCAGCGGGCUCGAACUUGAUGUUUCGGCCGGCGCAGGCGGUGGUGGCAAGGGCGGCGACCAUUCAUCCGUCACGUACCUCACCUGCAUAAGGCUUUCCGACCGAGACUUGCCGUGGGAUGUGGAUGAUUGA